AUGGAAGGAGACGGGAGAGGGCUCAGUAGUGCGUCUGCCAGGGGCAAUUAAAAAGUCGUUCUAAGGCUCUUUUCAGCUCCAAGAUCGCAAGAAGGAAGAAAGGAUGGAAGGAAGAGAGAGGGAGGAAGGAAAAAGAAAAACAAGAUUCUCUAGCAGAUGGUAGAAAACAUCCCAGCUAACUUUGACAUCGUGCCCUCGGUGUUGAACACCAGUGGCUUCCCUCGCUGGGAAAAGGCGAGGGUUCCUAGCUAAAGCUGUAAACAGGUGGUUUGCAUCCGUGGGGACACUAUGUGGUUUCCUUUAAGAGGAAGCUCUGACCGCCGCGGGCCGGGUGCGCGAGGCCCGAGGCCGCCCUGCCAGGCUGGAGGGUGGUUGUGCGCCGGGCAGCGGCCGCGGAGGCGGGGCCGGGGGUGGCGCGGGGCGCGCGCUUUUCCCGGGCGCCUGGGUAGCUGCGGCCGCAGCGGCGGCGGGCAUGGCAGAGGCGCGGUCCCGGCCCUCGGCGGGGCAGCAGCUCAACGCGCUGCCAGACCACUCGCCGCUGCUGCAGCCCGGCCUGGCGGAGCUGCGGCGCCGGGCCCGGGAAGCUGGCGUCCCGCUCGCGCCGCUGCAGCUCACCGACUCCUUCCUGCUGCGGUUCCUGCGCGCCCGGGAUUUCGAUCUGGACCUGGCCUGGCGGUUACUAAAAAACUAUUAUAAGUGGAGAGCAGAAUGUCCAGAAAUAAGUGCUGAUCUACACCCCAGAAGUAUUAUUGGCCUUCUAAAGGCUGGCUACCAUGGAGUCCUGAGAUCCAGGGAUCCUACCGGCAGCAAAGUUCUUAUUUACAGAAUCGCACACUGGGACCCCAAAGUUUUUACAGCUUAUGAUGUAUUUCGAGUAAGUCUUAUCACAUCUGAGCUUAUUGUACAGGAGGUAGAAACUCAGCGGAAUGGAAUCAAGGCUAUCUUUGAUCUGGAAGGCUGGCAGUUGUCUCAUGCUUUUCAAAUCACUCCAUCUGUAGCCAAGAAGAUUGCUGCUGUACUUACGGAUUCAUUUCCAUUGAAAGUUCGUGGCAUCCAUUUGAUAAAUGAACCAGUAAUUUUCCAUGCUGUCUUUUCCAUGAUCAAACCAUUCCUGACUGAAAAAAUUAAGGAACGGAUUCAUAUGCAUGGGAACAACUACAAACAAAGCUUGCUUCAGCAUUUCCCAGGCAUUCUUCCUCUGGAAUAUGGUGGCGAAGAAUUCUCCAUGGAGGACAUUUGUCAGGAAUGGACAAAUUUUGUAAUGAAGUCUGAAGAUUAUCUCAGCAGCAUUUCUGAGAGCAUUCAGUGAGACGUUAUUUCAUGCGAAUGGCUUCCUAAUUAAAAAUACAUGAACGAUAUCCUACCUGGUUAAAUGAAUGAAAGAAAAGGAGCAAAUCUUUUAAACUAAUGCUUGUCUGAUCUUUAAAAAUGUACAAAUCUUCUGACACGAGCAACCCUCUGUUUACCAUGGGCAUUUGGAAAGAUUUUUUACUUUUUAAAUGCUUCCUUUUCUCUACUUUGGAAGUAAUUCAAUGUCAGCACACCUUAAGAGCAUAAGAAUUGGCGAUGUUGUACUUGAAGAAAACAUGGAAGUUAUUACUGAAGUAGCUGUUCAUGUGCAUCUUUGUGUGUUUCUAGAGAAUUACAUUUUAAACAAGUUCUCUGAUUAUAUUGAUUUAGAAAUAAAUUUAGAUGCCAUGUAAAAUAUUGGCACAAAUCGGCUGAUAAUAAUAAAUUAACACUUACUUUAAGUGGAUGUCAGAUUAAAUUAUAAUUCAUUAUAAUUAAAAUCUGAAUAUAGUUUCAUAGUUAUUUCUGUGGGCCAGCAAGACAUUUCAUCUCAGGGAAAUUUUAUUUUACCUUAGUACAUUGACACGAUAGAGACUUUUUUUUUUCAGGCAGAGUCUGGCUCUAUUGCCCAGACUGGAGUACAGUGGUGCAAUCUUGGCUCACUGCAGCCUCUGCUGGGAUUACAGGUGCUCGCCACCACACCUGGCUAAGUUUUGUAUUUUUUAUAGAGUCAGGGUAUGGCCAUGUUGGCCAAGCUGGUCUCAAACUCCUGUAAUUUGCCUGCUUUGGCCUCCCAAAGUACUGGGAAUGCAGUUGCAAGCCAUUGAGUCGGGCCACAAUAGAAACUUUCAAUUAAGGAGUCUAUAUGCCAUACUACUGCAUAUAGCAGCUUUAAGUCUCUACGAAAUCAUUCAUGUUGAUGUAAUUGAUUAACAAAAAUAAUUUAGAAAAUACAUCAGGCACACUUGAUGGCUUCUCAAUGCCUGUUUUGCAUUUUUAAACAAAUCAAGAAUGUAAUUUUAACUUUUGCUUAUGGUUAUUCUUAUGACUACAUAGAAAGGGAUGGAAUCAUAUUUAGUUUUCUUAUACAUGGACUGUUUUUAGUUAACAAUAACGUAACUAGACAAAGGAAAGGAAAUGUUUACAUUUUUAAAAAUUACUGUCAAAUUGCAUCUGUUAUUCUUCAGAUUAUCCAUAAAAUAAUAUGUUUGGUUAUUAUAUCAGAAUAUUCUAACCAAAUCCUGAAAGUCUUAUUAACUUAAAAAACAUCUGGUAAAGGCUGGGCAUGGUGGCUCACACCUGUAAUCCCAGCACUUUGGGAGGCUGAGGCAGGAUGAUAACUUGAGCGCAGGAGUUCUAGACCUGUCUGGGCAACACAGGGAGACCCUGUCUCUAUUUCAAAAAAUAAAAAUAAAAAUAACUGGUAAAGAUGUACUGUUUGCACUGCAGUUUAUAACAUUUCAUUUAUUAAGAAAGAUAUCAUCUCAGCUUUCAUAUUCAACAUAGCUCUCAAUUUAUGACAUAAUUUUUAUACUUAGUAUUUUAUCAUUUCUUAAUUUUAUUAUAAACUUGAAAAUGAAAGAAUAUGGGGUCUGCAAUCUGUUGAACAUUUGUUCAGCUAGUUAGGUUUUCUACAUUAAUCAUAUAAAUUAAUAGUACCUUUAUGCAAGGAUAUAUGAAGGGUGUUUUUCUUUAUAAGAAAAUUCGUUUAAUCAGGUGAGCUGAUACGUAUGAUUGCACAUAUUUCUAUGAUAAAAUUGAGAGUAAUUGUGGAUGUUCUUUAGAGAACAUGUUUUGAUUUUGACUUAGCAUUGGGAAGCUAACAACAUAAUUUUUAUUAAAAAAUUAGGCUCUUCUAGUUUUCUAAAAUACACUUUGAGCUCUUUUAAAAUAAAAGCAUACUAUUUACAAUUGUAUAAUUUAAAAUAAUAAAAGAACAAAACCACUUUAAAAGCAUAAACAGUAUCAAUAACAAAAAACUUCUGGCUUACCCAACUUUUCUCUUAGAAGUUUUAUAUCACCAGUUCCACUUCAUUUAUUUUUGGCUAUUUCAAACAUUUUCUUAUGACUGUGUAAAGGAGUGAUUAGUUUGGUAACUAGAUAAAGGAUAACAUUUUAAAAUGUCUUUUAAAUGUGGUUUAUAGGUGAUAGGAUCAAUGAUAAGUAGAAUUAAGAUAAGUCAGUUAAUUUAGGUCUAUUUUAUAAUGGAACUUUGAAAUGUUUAUAAAUUAAGCAAUUCACUGAAGAACAUUGAAAGAAAAUUGAAAUGAAUGGACAAAUUAAUAAAGUGUCAAAGCAAAUAAUUGUCUAAUUGUCUAUGUUACUUUACUGUGAUUAUACCAGAAGUGCCUUUUAAAAGGUUAACUGUAUUAUGUGCUUAUUGUGUUACUAAACUGCACAAUAAUUUAUUUGUUUUAAUAUUGUCUGAAAGAAAAUAAACAUCUUUCACAUAAA